AUGACAAAUCGAGCUAUAUUGACACCAAAGAACAACUCCGUCGAUGAGAUAAAUACAAUACUUAUUCAAAGAUUUCCUGGUACAGUUACACAAUACUAUAGCUUCGAUGAAACGAUUGAUACAUCAGAACAAGGCAUCAUGGAGGAUUUCUUAAACACAUUAACACCAAAUGGACUUCCACCCCAUGAAUUAUUACUAAAAAAAAAUUGUCCUAUCAUGUUACUCAGAAAUGUCAAUCCUUCAGAAGGUUUAUGCAAUGGAACACGUCUUAUUUGUCGCAACUUUGAACGAAAUAUCAUUGAUGCUGAAAUUGCAGUUGGUCACCACACCGGAAAAAGAGGCAAUCGACUACAAGCAACAAUUUUCGGCAAAGAUAUAGACCUACGUAAUGAUAUGUUACACAUAUUCCGGUCUUACUACAUCAGUAAUGCUUAUGUUAAGCCUUUAGAUCCCAAGCAUAGAAUUGAAGCAUAUGAAUACCAGUGGAUCUUAAAUUCAAGAACAAUCAUCGAAAACAUUCCAGAUGACGAAGUGGAAUUACAACCACCAGAAUAUGAUAUUAUCCCAUUCACCAAUCUGCAUGACUACAAAAACACUGGAACUGAAAUAGCUAUUCUGGCGAUCGCAAUAUACAUGAAACCUCCCAGAGAAAUUACCUCAAUACAUGGGCCAACAAAAAUUCAAGAAAUAUAUGUUAUCGACCAGAGCCUGAUGCCCAUAUGGUUAACUAUGUGGAGUCGAUUUGUGGACGGUGAAUGCCGAGCAAUCUCUGAUAUUAUUGAAGCUAAGCCAACUCUACUCGCAACACGUUUAAAAGUCGGUUCAUACAAUGGUCUUUCUCUUUCAUCUCAACAGACAAGUGUAUUUACCUUAAAUCCUGUCAUCCCUGCUGCAACUCCAUUAUGUCAAUGGACGAUGCUUAAUCAUGCACUGCUUGAAGAAAUCGUCGAAAAAAAUCUACAUCAUACAACGGCAUCAGCAUCAGCAUCGACAUCAAAUGUUGACAUGAAAGACAUAAUUAAGCUUGAUGAUCUUGCUGGUUUUCUUAAAUCACUACAACCAAUGACGAAAGCAAAAUUUUGGAUUAAAGCAACUAUUUGUGUGGUUGAUCUCCAUCAAAUAUUCUUCUACAUGUCCUGCAUUGGGUGUAAGAAGGGGACUGGAUAUGAGCAAAAUGAAAAAUUUCAAUGUUAUCAUUGCAAAUACUUGAGCAAUGCACAACCACGCUGUCGAGCUUACAUCGAAGUUGACGAUGGUAAUGGACGACUUGGGGCUGUCAUGUUCGGUCAAAUUGCAGAAGAAGCUCUGGGUUGCACAGCAAUCGAACUAAUGGAACAUACAGGAAAGGAACAUUUACCGUAUAUCUAA